AUAAAAUUAUGAAGUAAAUAAAAUAAAAAAGAAGCUGGACCGAAAUUAACUUUUAUGAAACUUGUGGUUGCCUUGUUGUAAUUUCCAAGAAUGUUUCUUCUUCAACAGGAGAAUCCAUCUCUCUCAAACUUGCAAUUUAAAGACUAGUCCUAAAAUUCUCUGUAACCUCCACAAUCAGUCCCCAAGCAUUAUCCAAAUUCACCAUCAUCAUUUUUUGCUCUCUAAAUCUCAAUUUCCCUAUUUGAAUUUGUCUUAUUGUAAAGCAGUUUGCUUCUUGGAAACUGCCUGAAUUUCUAACAACUCAAAAAAAGAAAUCAAACAGUGAAACCCAAAAAGACCUUUUUUGGUACUUCACAAUUACAGGACCUAUGGUUAGUUGAACUCCACUUCAAGAUUAGAUCUUGUGGUGUGAGAUUAGCUUGUAAAUGAUGUCGAGACCAAUACUGCUUGUUUUUCUGUUGAUUGUACUCAUAAUCACAUCUCAGUUGGAAUGGAAGCAGCAAUUGGUGAGUGAUGUCGAACCGAGUCCUAGUAUAUCUCAGAAGCAACAACAGAUUUCAAAUAGAGAAGAAGCUGUUAAAGAAAAGAUUAUUUUAUCACAGGAGAAGAACAUCCAGAGACUAAACGAGCUAGUACGGAGUCUGAGGGAACAGUUGCUUCAGUGCAGAAGUAGAAAUGAAACAGUAAACAACAGUCUUAGCUCACUGGCUGAAAUUGCUGAAUUUGAAAAACAGCAAAUUCUGGAGGAUUAGACAGUGACAUCAAUAACUUUGUCAUUGUCACAUUACUAUAUUCUAUUUGCUAUCUGUAACUUGUUUUUUCUUUCUUUCUGCUUAUUUUGUGUGUUAAAUCUUGUAAGUUGCUGAUGAAAUGUGCAAUUUAAGUGUCGUAAUUUUGGGUUAAUCUGCCUGACUAACCCAUAUGUCAAUACUAGUUGUGUAAAAAGAAAAAGGACUUUGGUUCUGAAAUUAGUUUUCUGGUAGAAGUAUAUGAGACGUGCCCUGGAACUUGAUAUACUUGAGCUGUUUCAGAUGACUAAUUAAGGUUUGAAGAGGGAUUAAUUAUGUUGGGAUUAGUUAUUGUCGUAUUAUUUUUAUUGACUGUUUCGUAUAUUGUAUUAAUUUUGGGAUUGUCAAUUUUAUUGCUUUA